AUGUCCCAGCGGUGUGACACUCUUGCUUCAAGACACUUGCGAACAUAUGUCACUAACCAAGCCAGUCCGUUAGCUCAACUGCUGUGCCGUUUGGCUGAGUCGAAUUGGGAAUUGAGGCAGGUCACUGUUCAUCAGGAACUGUUGGUGACUGGACAACACCUGUUCCACACCGGGGUGUGGGGGGGGGGGGGGGGGGGGGGGGGGGGGGGGGGGGGGGGGGGGGGGGGGGGGGGGGGGGGGGGGGGGGGGGGGGGGGGGGGGGGGGGGGGGGGGGGGGGGGGGGGGGGGGGGGGGGGGGGGGGGGGGGGUGGGGGGGGGGGGGGGGGGGGGGGGGGGGGGGGGGGGGGGGGGGGGGGGGGGGGGGGGGGGGGGGGGGGGGGGGGGGGGGGGGGGGGGGGGGGGGGGGGGGGGGGGGGGGGGGGGGGGGGGGGGGGGGGGGGGGGGGGGGGGGGGGGGGGGGGGGGGGGGGGGGGGGGGGGGGGGGGGGGGGGGGGGGGGGGGGGGGGGGGGGGGGGGGGGGGGGGGGGGGGGGGGGGGGGGGGGGGGGGGGGGGGGGGGGGGGGGGGGGGGGGGGGGGGGGGGGGGGGGGGGGGGGGGGGGGGGGGGGGGGGGGGGGGGGGGGGGGGGGGGGGGGGGGGGGGGGGGGGGGGGGGGGGGGGGGGGGGGGGGGGGGGGGGGGGGGGGGGGGGGGGGGGGGGGGGGGGGGGGGGGGGGGGGGGGGGGGGGGGGGGGGGGGGGGGGGGGGGGGGGGGGGGGGGGGGGGGGGGGGGGGGGGGGGGGGGGGGGGGGGGGGGGGGGGGGGGGGGGGGGGGGGGGGGGGGGGGGGGGGGGGGGGGGGGGGGGGGGGGGGGGGGGGGGGGGGGGGGGGGGGGGGGGGGGGGGGGGGGGGGGGGGGGGGGGGGGGGGGGGGGGGGGGGGGGGGGGGGGGGGGGGGGGGGGGGGGGGGGGGGGGGGGGGGGGGGGGGGGGGGGGGGGGGGGGGGGGGGGGGGGGGGGGGGGGGGGGGGGGGGGGGGGGGGGGGGGGGGGGGGGGGGGGGGGGGGGGGGGGGGGGGGGGGGGGGGGGGGGGGGGGGGGGGGGGGGGGGGGGGGGGGGGGGGGGGGGGGGGGGGGGGGGGGGGGGGGGGGGGGGGGGGGGGGGGGGGGGGGGGGGGGGGGGGGGGGGGGGGGGGGGGGGGGGGGGGGGGGGGGGGGGGGGGGGGGGGGGGGGGGGGGGGGGGGGGGGGGGGGGGGGGGGGGGGGGGGGGGGGGGGGGGGGGGGGGGGGGGGGGGGGGGGGGGGGGGGGGGGGGGGGGGGGGGGGGGGGGGGGGGGGGGGGGGGGGGGGGGGGGGGGGGGGGGGGGGGGGGGGGGGGGGGGGGGGGGGGGGGGGGGGGGGGGGGGGGGGGGGGGGGGGGGGGGGGGGGGGGGGGGGGGGGGGGGGGGGGGGGGGGGGGGGGGGGGGGGGGGGGGGGGGGGGGGGGGGGGGGGGGGGGGGGGGGGGGGGGGGGGGGGGGGGGGGGGGGGGGGGGGGGGGGGGGGGGGGGGGGGGGGGGGGGGGGGGGGGGGGGGGGGGGGGGGGGGGGGGUGGGGGGGGGGGGGGGGGGGGGGGGGGGGGGGGGGGGGGGGGGGGGGGGGGGGGGGGGGGGGGGGGGGGGGGGGGGGGGGGGGGGGGGGGGGGGGGGGGGGGGGGGGGGGGGGGGGGGGGGGGGGGGGGGGGGGGGGGGGGGGGGGGGGGGGGGGGGGGGGGGGGGGGGGGGGGGGGGGGGGGGGGGGGGGGGGGGGGGGGGGGGGGGGGGGGGGGGGGGGGGGGGGGGGGGGGGGGGGGGGGGGGGGGGGGGGGGGGGGGGGGGGGGGGGGGGGGGGGGGGGGGGGGGGGGGGGGGGGGGGGGGGGGGGGGGGGGGGGGGGGGGGGGGGGGGGGGGGGGGGGGGGGGGGGGGGGGGGGGGGGGGGGGGGGGGGGGGGGGGGGGGGGGGGGGGGGGGGGGGGGGGGGGGGGGGGGGGGGGGGGGGGGGGGGGGGGGGGGGGGGGGGGGGGGGGGGGGGGGGGGGGGGGGGGGGGGGGGGGGGGGGGGGGGGGGGGGGGGGGGGGGGGGGGGGGGGGGGGGGGGGGGGGGGGGGGGGGGGGGGGGGGGGGGGGGGGGGGGGGGGGGGGGGGGGGGGGGGGGGGGGGGGGGGGGGGGGGGGGGGGGGGGGGGGGGGGGGGGGGGGGGGGGGGGGGGGGGGGGGGGGGGGGGGGGGGGGGGGGGGGGGGGGGGGGGGGGGGGGGGGGGGGGGGGGGGGGGGGGGGGGGGGGGGGGGGGGGGGGGGGGGGGGGGGGGGGGGGGGGGGGGGGGGGGGGGGGGGGGGGGGGGGGGGGGGGGGGGGGGGGGGGGGGGGGGGGGGGGGGGGGGGGGGGGGGGGGGGGGGGGGGGGGGGGGGGGGGGGGGGGGGGGGGGGGGGGGGGGGGGGGGGGGGGGGGGGGGGGGGGGGGGGGGGGGGGGGGGGGGGGGGGGGGGGGGGGGGGGGGGGGGGGGGGGGGGGGGGGGGGGGGGGGGGGGGGGGGGGGGGGGGGGGGGGGGGGGGGGGGGGGGGGGGGGGGGGGGGGGGGGGGGGGGGGGGGGGGGGGGGGGGGGGGGGGGGGGGGGGGGGGGGGGGGGGGGGGGGGGGGGGGGGGGGGGGGGGGGGGGGGGGGGGGGGGGGGGGGGGGGGGGGGGGGGGGGGGGGGGGGGGGGGGGGGGGUGGGGGGGGGGGGGGGGGGGGGGGGGGGGGGGGGGGGGGGGGGGGGGGGGGGGGGGGGGGGGGGGGGGGGGGGGGGGGGGGGGGGGGGGGGGGGGGGGGGGGGGGGGGGGGGGGGGGGGGGGGGGGGGGGGGGGGGGGGGGGGGGGGGGGGGGGGGGGGGGGGGGGGGGGGGGGGGGGGGGGGGGGGGGGGGGGGGGGGGGGGGGGGGGGGGGGGGGGGGGGGGGGGGGGGGGGGGGGGGGGGGGGGGGGGGGGGGGGGGGGGGGGGGGGGGGGGGGGGGGGGGGGGGGGGGGGGGGGGGGGGGGGGGGGGGGGGGGGGGGGGCGGGGGGGAGGGGGGGGGGGGGGGGGGGGGGUGGGGGGGGGUCGGGGGGGGGGGGGGGGGGGGGGGGGGGGGGGGGGGGGGGGGGGGGGGGGGGGGGGGGGGGGGGGGGGGGGUGGGGGUGUGGUUUACGUUGUGGGUGUUGUCUUUGUUUGGGGGUCUUGGGGGCAGCUGGGGGAAGUUCGCUGCCGUGGAAUUUUACAUUGAGGCGAUUGCGAAAUUGCGUGCACCAUUGUUCAAAAGCGCCGUCUCGUCCCUCUUCAGCUGUCAUUCCGACUAA